AUGAAGUGGAGAUCCAUUUUACUAACUUUUGUCCUACUCACUGGUGACUUUGUGGCCUCUGAUGAACACCCAGAUGUUGGACACAAUGAAGAUGUACACCCCAACAUCCUGACAGAAACAAACGGGGACAUACUGGACAUGAACAUCCAAACAAACAGAGAAGUGCCAGACACAAACACUGAAACAAACUGGGACAUAAACAAGGACAACUAUGAGGACGCUGACUGGCAUCCUCCUUCCUCGCUCCUGGAAACGUAUGCCGACCUGCACCCAGACACCCCGCCACUGAUCCGUAGCAGCAACACUGCUGUUAAUAACAGCACCAACCAACCCUUCAACCAGACUGUUGGUAGCACGUCAACACAGUGCGGCGAGUACAGCAGCCAGCUGACGUCUAGUGGCCAGUGCCGGCUGAUGGCAACACUUCCUCCGGUGCCCGUGGGAACGUCGCAGCAACGCUGCCCGGAUAUGUUCCGCUGCACAGAUGACAUCUCGCACUGGCUUCACGAGAACCAGAACAGGAAGGAGCAGCUGGAUGAGCUGAGGGAGAUGAUGUCAGAGCUGCAGGAGGAGCUGAGGAACCACCGGCAUCGAAUCAAAGCCCUGGAGGUGCAGGGUGAAGAAACUGUUGGUUCAAACUUGACUUUUGAGCAGCGCUUGCGUUCUCUGGAGCUGCGUCAUGCCGAGGCUGACACACUGCUCCACGUGCACGGGGCACUGCUGUAUGAGCUGCAGGUGCAGCUGCGCAACCUAACAGCCACUGUGCAGCACAUGAGCCACAACACAGGAUGCACAAUGAUCAGAAGCACGCCGCUGCUGGGCAUGAAAGACACACUGCCACCAGAUGGACAGCACCUGUCCUUCUGUCCAUCCGACUGUGCAUCUCUUUAUCACAAUGGCGUUCGCCAUUCUGGUGUUUACACUAUCAUCCUGUCGCCAGGUGCCAGCCUGCCUGUCUACUGUGACAUGGAGACCGAAGGUGGGGGCUGGACGGUGUUUCAGCGGCGAAGCGAUGGCUUGGUGAGUUUUAACCGCGGCUGGUCAGAGUACCGCGACGGCUUCGGCGAGCUGCGAGGAGAACACUGGCUGGGCAACCAACAACUCCACCUGCUCUCCCACCAGGGCCACUACAGCCUCCGCAUCGACCUGCAAGACUGGAGCCACGCCCACAGACAUGCUCUGUACCACAGCUUCAGGAUAGAAAACGAGGAGAACCAGUAUCGCCUCCAUGUGUCUGGUUUCAGUGGAACGGUGGAGGACUCAUUCGGUUGGUACCACGACCUGCGUGGCUUCAGCACGCCAGACACCGGCAACAUCUGUGCUGAGAUCAGCCACGCCGGCUGGUGGUUCCACCAGUGUUUCUACGCCAACCUUAAUGGCGUCUACUACAAGGGGGGGCACUACUCUCUGAAAGCUCAGAACCUGCUCGGGCCAGACGGCAUCGUCUGGUUCUCCUGGAAGGAAUCCGACUUCUACUCUCUGAAGGCCGUCACCAUGAUGAUACGACCACGCAACUUCAGGCCACGCUUGUCACCAUAGCGACUGAGGUGGUGUGUCUGAGGCUGCCGUAAAUGCUAACAGGAGCACCAAACAUGUAUUAUUUCUCUGCUGAAAAUAAUCCCCAACAAAUAGAACUAUUCCCGCCUUUAUGAAUAACUUUUGCUAGAAACUAGUGUCCUGCUAUUUGAUAAA